UCGCAGUGUGAUGACGUAACCGGUGCGCGGUUUGUUGUCCGUGCUGGAAUAUUCAAGAAAACAAUCCACUAAAGUCUGCUUUAUUUUUUGAAAGAACCUAUUAACUUUUACUGUCAGUUUUUGUCAGCAUUUUAGAUUUAAGGUUAGUUUUCGCCACUUCUGGAUCAAAGAUGUCGUACAUGCUACCGCAUCUCCACAACGGCUGGCAGGUAGACCAAGCCAUCCUGUCUGAGGAGGACCGGGUUCUUGUUAUCCGCUUCGGACACGACUGGGACCCAACAUGUAUGAAGAUGGACGAAGUUCUGUACAGCAUUGCUGAAAAGGUAAAGAAUUUUGCUGUCAUUUACCUGGUGGACAUCACAGAAGUGCCUGAUUUCAAUAAGAUGUACGAGCUGUACGACCCCUGCACCGUCAUGUUCUUUUUCAGAAACAAACACAUCAUGAUUGAUUUGGGCACCGGUAACAACAAUAAGAUCAACUGGAUCAUAGAGGACAAGCAGGAGAUGAUAGACAUUGUUGAAACGGUUUAUCGAGGAGCGAGAAAGGGAAGAGGUCUGGUGGUGUCCCCCAAGGAUUAUUCUACAAAAUAUAGAUAUUGAUCUUUGCUCUUUUUUGUUGCGUUGCCUCUCCUUUUUAAUGUUUUUUUCCCCCUUUGGUGCAGACAAGUGUCUACAGGUAAUAAAAGUCAAGCAAUGUUGUUUAUUUUGAUCUCAUGAGUGAAGCAGGACUGUUUUGUUCUCAGAGGUCUGAAUCAUGUUACUUUGUGUCAUCUGUUUUAUACGUGGAGCUGAGUUGUUUUUCAAAGGCUUAUUUCUGUGAAAUAGGUGUGAAACAGUUUGUGUAAGACUCCAUAUUUAACUGUUGAAUAAACAUGGGUUUCUACAUUUGAAUUUUUUUUCUAAAUGUAUUUUUUAUGCUUAUAAAGAUGACAUUUAAA